GGCGUAUGUGGUGGUGCUUCGGCUGCUACUUCUGCCUGCCCAUCCUCUUCACCGUCCUCUGCCAAAUGGCCACCCGCAACGUCAACAGCGACUCCAGCUCCACCCAAAAGCAGCGCAGCCAUGACGAUCGCUCGACCAAUCAGAAGCGCCAGCAGCACCAGGCGUUGGAGCGGCAGCUGAACUGCACCCUGCUGGCGUUGGCGGUGGUUUACGGCGUCUGUGCUCUGCCCGAACACGUCUGUAACAUCACGCUGGCCUACGCUAACAUCUCCAUCUCUGAGGAAACUGCCUCCAUGCUGGCUCUGUUGCAUCACUUCCUGUUGUUCUUUAAGUCAUCAGUGACACCGGUCCUGCUGCUGUGUCUGUGCAAGGCUCUCGGUCAGGCCUUCAUGGACUGCUGCUGCUGCUGCUGUCAGGAAUGUCAGCCGAACGCGACUCAAGGCUCACCAAAUAUCAAACUGAAGGCGGCCAAUGAGACGUCCAUCUUCUUCGACAAGGCUAAAGAAACCUCAGCCAUCUUGUCGAUCUCCAGCUAGAGCUAUAGCAUCCAACAUCUCCUCUUCCAUAAAACAACCUAUCUUCUUUUUUAUCCUCAAACUCUGUUUCUCUUCUACCCUAAGGUUUCUUUAACGCUUCAGUUUCCUUUAUCCUUUCUUCUCCACAACGCUUGUUGACCAACGACCAUCUUUUCUUCAUCUUUUUCUGUCCUCUCUCCUUCUCUCAGAGUUUCCAUUUGUAUGAUAUUCCUUUAUGGACACAGUGUUACCCCUUUCAGCUUCCUGUCUGUACAGGAAGUGAUGCUUAAUCCGUAGUGAUUAUUAGAAAACUUGCUGUUCUUGCACAACCACCUGUUGUAAAACCAGGAGCCCGUUUCAGGACCCUCCGAAAGGACACUUUCCUCCAAUUGGUGUAAAAAUGUAUGAUAAGAAAAUCCUGGAUGUCUUCUUUGGUUGGUCUGAAGCUGAAUGCGAUAUUUCUAUAAGGAAGAUCUACUGUGUAAAGGCUAAAUGAGUAGUUUCAAACUGUGAUGAAAGAUUGAUGAGGAGUAAAAAAUAAUCUGCUUUGAGGUUGUUUAGUGCCACACAAACAUAUUUUGGUUUAGUGUAGAAUCAAGUUAGUAACUUCCUAGUUUUGGCUCUGACUAUUAACCUAAUUUGCUGAAAAGAGUACAGUUGAAGCAUUGUAUAUUGAAAUUGUCACAACCUGUGGGGCCAUUGAUCAUUGGUCCAUCUGUCAAACUAUCAAGAAAAAAUAGGUAGACGUCUAUGAAGAGCUAUUAAAAAUAACUAUAUGACAACUAUUUCCACUGCCUGGCGUGAAUCCGUUAGAAACCAAACCUCCUAGGUUAAAGGGGACGAAAACACGCCAACAAACGUCUAAUUUGAGAGAUUAAGAAACCAUCAGUAAGUGAGGUUGUCCAUAUCUGUUUGACAUAUUUUGUUGUGCGCUACUUGUGUAAGAUGUCAACCCUGGUCAGAGUUCAGAUAAAAAGUGGUCUCUAUGUAACAACAAUCAACCAAUCAGAGCUUUGUGAGCAUGAUUAUGAAAGAAUAUGUCUUUAUCUGUUUGCAAACUAUGGAUGAAAUGGACGAAGCUGAACUGUUUAUAGUCAAAUUAUUUUUACAACUUGUGUUUCUGGGAAGAAUAAUGACUGUUUCAGAAGGAAGCAAAGGGAGGAGUUUUGAACAGGACCAAGACCUUAUAAGUGCUGAUGCUGUGUCUUUGUACAGGAAGUUAAACUGUGUAGUACAUUUUAAAGCAUAUUAAUAUGUCUCUAGCACGGUCUUUUCACUCAGACUGUCAAACAACUAGAACAAAAACGAAGAAACAGAAGUUAUGAAUGUAGCUUGUUUUAAUGUUAGAUCUACAACUAAUUACAUCUCUGUGUGAAGGGAAUAGAGAUAGUCAUUUUUCUAUGUCACAAGAAUGUUUAUGCCUUUGUAAUGCUCAGUUUCACAAUGUCAAAUCCAUAUAAGUAUGUGUCAGAGCCGCCUGUGCCUUAGUGCCUCCUCAGCCCUCAGCUAAAUCUACAGAAAUCAACGCAUUCAGAAACAAGAGUAGAAGUCUGACUAAUUUUGUAUUCAACAAACAUAUGUUUUACACUGAAUAGUUACUUUGUAUUUGAAAUUCCAAUAUGGAGAAAGAGCUAGAGCGUCUGGAUGCUAAAAUUCACUGUUUGAUACAGCACUUUUACAGUGGCCCCGAUCUACAGAAGGUCAAGAUGUUUGUUUCCAAUUUUGCACAAAAGAAACAAGACAUACUAACAGCUCGAGUCCCACUGGUGUCGUGUUUGAGUUCCUUGUAAAUGUGAAUGAAGUUGACAUUGAGUGCCCUCACAGAACAGAUUAACUUUAGUGCCUGUCUUAUAUUUGUCUUUUUAAGUGUCUCUGAAGGUUGUUUUUAUCUUGUGAACAAGGCAUAAACCAACCAUUGGGAUGUAGAGGUGGUAAUUUAUAAAUAAAGCUGUGCAAUUUAAA